AUGGCGACAACCACAAAGCUUCUUCAAUUCCGCCCGAAACUCAAACACUUUUCUGAACCAAAACUAAAGUUCUUCUCUUCUUCUUCUUCUUCUACAUCAAAUCCGAAUCCUGAACCCACCGAAACACCUACAUCCGAGCCCAACCAAACGCCUACAUCUAAACCAUUCUCUUUUUCAUCUAUUGUCAAUAAUCCCCAAAACCCAUCUUCACAAGCUGCAGCUUUUGACGAAGUAAGAAAAAGCCUUGCAGGAUUCCGUAGCCGUUCUGGUUCAGCACCAUCACCGCAGUCAUUUCAAGAACUAUAUCAAAGAAAUGUCAAUAAUGUCAGGUCUGAAGUUCCUUACAAUGCGAAUCAGAGACCACCCCCAACUGGAAAUGUUGGGUUCAAUGCUAUUAGUGCAAGCCUGCGUAACUUAAGCGUGAAUAACAACUACAAUAACAGCCAGAAUGAGAGUAAAGGGAAGUUGUAUGAAUCGUUAUCACUUUCGCGAUAUACGGAGAGUUUUAAGUUGAGACCUGAUAUGGGUAAAGAUGUGAAAAGGUCGGGAAUGGUGAUUGGUGGGAGUGGGAAUUUGCCUGCAUCUUUUUAUCGGAAGGAGAUGAUGAGGGAUAAAGAGGGUGAUAAGGAAGGGAUGAAGAUGGAGUUAACUAGGAAUUAUAGGCAUGGUGAAUUAGGAGAGAAGUUGAAAAUGUUGAGGCCGAUAAAGAAGGAGGAGAAAGGUUGGUUUUCGUUGCAUGAGUUGAACGACAGAUUGAUGAAGGUGAGGGAAGCUGAUGAGAUUGAGAGCAAGACGAUGGUAGCUGGUGUCGUGUAUAAGGAUUUGAAAGAGUCUCUUUAUCUAAUAAGUCAGAAUGGUGAUUCAAAGCCUAAGAAGACAAUGAUUCAGAGACUUGAUGUCUUGGGGCAGCUGGGUGGUACUCCAAGCUUUAUGUUGCAUCCACCAAAAGAACACUUGGUUGAAAAGUUCUUUCACCCAGAUAACAUGUCAUCUGGGGAAAAAAUGAAACUGGAGCUACAAAAAGUUAGAGAUGAAUUUAAAAUGUCAGAGUCGGAUUGUGGAUCUGCUCGUGUUCAAGUGGCUCAACUUACAACAAAAAUAAAGCACCUAUCUUCAGUUCUUCACAAAAAAGAUAAGCACUCUCGUAAGGGUCUACAACAAAUGGUUCAAAAUAGGAAGAAGUUAUUGAAGUAUUUGCGAAGGACAGAUUGGGACUCUUACUGCCUCGUUCUUUCUAAGCUUGGUCUCCGAGACAACCCAGAUUACAAGUUCUAGACCAGCACGUAUGACAUACUACUUGAAUGCAGUUUUUCUUUGGCAGUUUGCCGGAAGCUUUUUCCAUACUAAAACUUCUCCUCUCAUUUGGGGGUAGAGGCGAUGAGGGGGAUGAACUUUUGUUGUUUGGUUCACUGCCUCCCAAGGGAAGCUCAUAACUGGUCUUUGAAAGGAGAGUCAAAUGUAAGAUACCAUGUUUUUAAUUUCUUUUUUCUUUUCUUUUUAUAACG